UCAUCUGACAGAUGAGUGACCACCACCUGAAGGAGAUGUCUGACAGCCAUAGCAGCCCUCUCUUGCCAGAGCCUCUUUCCAGCAGAUAUAAGCUGUAUGAGUCAGACCUGAGCAGCCCUACCUGGCCUUCAAGUUCCCAGGAUACACACCCAGCCCUUCCUCUGCUGGAAAUGCCUGAAGAAAAGGAUCUUCGAUCAUCUGAUGAAGACAGCCACAUUGUAAAAAUUGAAAAACAUAAUGAAAGGAGUAAAAGGCGGGAAAGCGAGGUGCCCCGCCGGGGCUCUGCAGGGAGGGGAGGCUUCAGCCUCUUCCAAGCAGUGGGCUACCUCACGGGUGACAUGAAGGAGUGCAGGAACUGGCUGAAAGAUAAGCCUUUGGCCCUCCAAUUCCUAGACUGGGUCCUGCGGGGAGCAGCUCAAGUGAUGUUUGUCAACAACCCUCUCAGUGGGUUCAUCAUCUUCAUAGGCCUUCUGAUCCAGAAUCCCUGGUGGACAAUUACUGGGGCACUGGGGACAGUGGUCUCAACCUUAGCUGCCCUUGCCUUAAGCCAAGAUAGGUCAGCCAUUGCCUCUGGACUCCAUGGCUACAAUGGGAUGCUGGUGGGACUGCUGAUGGCUGUGUUCUCUGAGAAGCUGGACUACUAUUGGUGGCUUCUGUUUCCUGUGACCUUCACAACCAUGGCCUGCCCAGUUAUUACUAGUGCCUUGAAUUCCAUCUUUACCAAGUGGGACCUACCAGUCUUCACACUGCCUUUCAAUAUCGCCUUGGAUCUGUAUCUGGCAGCUACAGGCCACUACAACCUGUUCUUCCCCACAACCCUUGUGGAGCCUGUGUCUUCAGUACCCAAUAUCACCUGGACAGAGAUUGAAAUGCCUUUGCUGUUACAAACCAUCCCUGUUGGGAUCGGCCAGGUAUACGGUUGUGACAACCCCUGGACAGGUGGUUUGAUCCUGGUGGCUGUGUUUAUCUCCUCACCACUCAUCAGCCUGCAUGCAGCCAUAGGAUCAAUCGUGGGGAUGCUAGCAGCUCUGACUGUGGCCACACCCUUUGAGACGAUCUACAUGGGCCUUUGGAGCUACAACUGUGUCCUCUCCUGUGCUGCCAUUGGAGGCAUGUUCUACGCCCUCACCUGGCAGACUCACCUGCUGGCACUUGUCUGUGCCCUGUUCUGUGCAUACAUGGGAGCAGCUCUCUCCAAUAUAAUGGCAGUGGUGGGCCUGCCACCAGGCACCUGGCCCUUCUGCUUCUCUUCCCUCAUCUUCCUUCUCCUGACAACCAACAACCCUGGCAUCUACAAGCUCCCGCUCAGCAAAGUCACCUACCCAGAGGCCAACCGCAUUUACUUCCUGACAAUGAAAAGCACUGAAGAAGAGAAACCCCGCAGUGGUGACAGUGGAGAGCAGCCACAAGGAACAGGCCGGAAGUCAGAGGAGGGCUCUGAGACUGUGCUUUCCAGACAUAGAAGCGUGUUCCACAUCGAGUGGUCAUCUAUCCGGAGGAGGAGCAAAGUGUUUGGAAAAGGUGAACCCCAGGAGAGACAAACCAAAGAGCCACUUCCCCACCCGUACCGGAAGCCCACAGUGGAACUGCUUGAUCUAGACACCAUGGAGGAGAGCUCUGAGAUAAAGGUAGAAACCAACAUGUCCAAGGCUUCCUGGAUUCAAAGUUCCAUGGCUGCCGGGGGAAAGAGAGUCAGCAAAGCCCUCAGCUACAUCACAGGAGAGAUGAAGGAAUGUGGAGAGGGGCUUAAAGAUAAAUCCCCAGUGUUCCAGUUUCUUGACUGGAUGCUCCGGGGCAUGUCUCAGGUGAUGUUUGUGAACAACCCCCUCAGUGGCAUCCUCAUCAUCCUUGGCCUCUUUGUGCAGAAUCCUUGGUGGGCCAUCUCUGGCUGCCUGGGCACCAUUGUGUCCACCUUGACUGCCCUCGUCCUGAGUCAGGACAAGUCAGCCAUUGCAGCAGGACUCCAUGGCUACAAUGGGGUGCUGGUGGGGCUGCUGAUGGCCGUAUUCUCAGACAAGGGCAACUAUUACUGGUGGCUGCUUCUCCCUGUCACCAUUAUGUCCAUGUCUUGCCCCAUCCUCUCCAGUGCCCUGAGCACCAUCUUCAGCAAGUGGGACCUCCCAGUAUUCACACUGCCCUUCAACAUCGCUGUGACCCUGUAUCUGGCAGCCACGGGCCACUACAAUCUCUUCUUUCCCACGACACUGCUGCAGCCUGCAGCCUCCACACCCAAUAUCACCUGGUCGGAUGUCCAAGUACCCCUGCUUCUGAGAGCCAUCCCUGUUGGAAUCGGCCAGGUAUAUGGCUGUGAUAAUCCCUGGACUGGAGGCAUCUUCCUCAUAGCUCUGUUCAUCUCUUCACCUCUCAUCUGCUUGCAUGCAGCCAUUGGAUCCACCAUGGGGAUGUUAGCAGCGCUCAGCAUUGCCACACCUUUCGACUCCAUCUACUUUGGCCUGUGUGGCUUCAACAGCACUCUUGCGUGCAUUGCCAUUGGAGGCAUGUUCUACGUCAUUACCUGGCAGACCCACCUGCUCGCCAUUGCCUGUGCACUGUUUGCGGCUUACCUGGGUGCUGCGCUGGCCAACAUGUUAUCUGUGUUUGGAUUACCUCCCUGCACCUGGCCCUUCUGCCUCUCGGCGAUCACCUUCCUUCUCCUGACAACCAACAACCCUGCCAUUUACAAGCUGCCGCUCAGCAAAGUCACCUACCCAGAAGCUAACCGCAACUACUACCUAUCCCAGGAGAAAAACAGAAGGGCAUCAACAAUAACAAAGUACCAGGCCUAUGAUGUCUCCUAA